UAGUGUCAACGUUCGAGUUGCAACAGUAAAGUUGACUAACGGUAUGCGAGUUAAUUAGUCGACUAAACUAGUUAGUUAAAGCAGUUAGUGUACACGUAACUGAGAGGAAACGUCGUCGUCGUCGUCUUUAAAUAAGUAGUAACUAUAAAGUCAUAUCAUGGCCGGUAAUUGUGUUCGAGUUGACCCACCGUUUAUCGACUUCAACGAUGUGAAAGUCGGGCAGGUUUAUAAGACAACCGUCACGGCAACAAAUGUCGGCAAAACUUCGAAGAAAAUAAUAAUUGAAAAGCCCAAAUUAAAGUCUUUCAAGUUCACAGCAACAAGUGCAUCCAUGGCAGUGGCCCCUGGUCUGUCUGUAAGUGGCUUGCUGCAGUUCACUCCAGAGGAAGAGGAGGCGGUCAAAGACUGCCUUCUGAUCAAUAUAGAUGAUGUGGAGACCAUUGAAAUCCCAUUGCGGGGGUUUCCCAGGGCUUGUUCCCUCCUAAUGGACUCAGUACUAGACUUUGGUUGUAUUAAUGCCAGCAGUCAGUUAAUCAGCAAACAUCAUCCUAUAACCAAUCAAGGAUCAGCACCAGGUAUGUUCCAGGUGCAGUACAGUGGAGACUCCUCAGUCAGACUGUCACCCUGCAGUGGAGUCAUUGCAGCUGGCACCACCCAGUGGCUGAAAGUUGAACUGUGCACAGAUGGACCCAGGCAGAUUGAUGAGAAGGCUCUGAUAAAACUCCAGAAUCGCUCUGCUGUAGCUCUUAGUAUCAGGGCUGAGGUGGUGGACCAGCGGCUUGAGGUUUUUGACCUGCAGGGGGCUCCACUCUCCUGUCUGUGGUUUGGACCCGUAUACUUCGGGACAUCCCGUGUGGAGAAUCUGGUUCUGAGAAACACUGCUCCCCAGGCCUGUGAUUGGGUCUGCCUGCUCCAGGAUACUGCUGCUGGGACUGAGGUGGGAACAGAUCUCCAAAAGAGCACAGACGCUGCCCUGCUGGAGAGAAUGCAGAGGUGCAGCCAUGCAAGUCAGGAUGUCUCUCGGGUCUUGGCGUGCGUCCCGAAGCAGGGCCGACUGGGACCAUAUGACACAACCACUGUAGCAGUUUGCUUCAGCCCCAUUUGCAAGAGUGGAACUAAAAAGAAGAGGCGUAAUUACUCAGCCAGCCGACAAGACUAUUGUCUUUUCCUGCUGUUUGAGUCAGUGGGGAGCAGACACGGCUUCACUCACCGCAGUGGUAACAGCCGUGUUGAACUGGGAGUGACAGGCUCUGGGCUUCCCGUGUCUCUGGUAGCGAAUCCUCAAAGAUUUGAUUUCCUAACCUGUGUGACGGGACAAUGUGUGGAUCUGCUGUGUGUGCUGCAGAACGUCUGCCCUCAACUUCCCGUCAACUUCCAAUUCCGCAAAGUCGCCCAUUUCACCGCCAAGCCCUCCCUGGGCUCCAUAGCACCUGGACAAUGCCAGGAUGUAGUUUUGUCUUUCACUGCACGGCAGCAGGGGAGCUUCCAUGUGCGUCAGAUACUAGAUGUCUUAGGUCACGUUCUUCACCAGAGCAGAGACAACACGGAUGUUACUGAACUUCAGCUUCGCAGCUUCCAAACAGUCACUCUACACCUGUCUGCUGUCGUCCACAGUGAGACCACACACGCUGAGCCCAAACUUAAUCCUGGCAUCACUCCAGCAGUGACCAAUCCAACCGGAUCACAGCCUCAUGCUCGGUCCAGUGAGCUGGCUCAGUGUCAUGUGAUGGCGCGUGCUGCUGUCAUCAGCACCAACAACACACGGCUUCACAUACAUCGCAAGGAGAGGAGUCAAAACACAGAGGGUGAGGAGUUCCUGGCUUUCCCUAACGACCGAGCCGCUAGCAUCAGGCCAGCCUCUUCACACAGACAGUACAGGACCAUCUUUACUGGUGUUCCCCGCUACAGCUAUGUAGACACCAGCUAUGCUCUCACUGAGGAGGAGGAGGAGCAGAGGCAGCGAAAUCGACAGAUUUACACAGACUUCAUCGAACAGCUCAGACAAACACGACUAUUGAGCAUCAAGGAGAGACAGCAAGAAAAAGUGGAGCAUGAAGUGGACAUUGGGAUUAUUCCUUCUCAAGGGCUUGUUCCCCCUAAACUAUGUAGCAGUGACAUAGAGACCAUUAAGAUCUCAGAAACAAAGUCAAACUACAGAUAUGCUUCCCCAGGAAACAAAUGCAACCAAAUGACUCAACAGGUCAACAGUCAGGUUUCAGAGGUGAUGAAUGCAGUUCCCUCUACCAGCCAGGAGGUGGCAGACUGCACCAGGACUCUGACACCUCAGGAGCUCUACCAAGUUGACAUAGGUCCGUUGUUAGUGGACUUUGGCGAGGUGUGUGUGCAGUCGAGGUGUGUUCAGAAGCUGGAGCUGACCAAUCAUCUGUCAGUGUAUGUUUGGGUGCAGCUGGACAUGGACUGCCCUGAGUUGCAGGGCUCCUCACCCCUCUCCCACAUCCUGCCACCCCGCUCCCACAACACCUUACCCCUGACGUUUCAGAGCAACAAGCUGGGUCACUUCUACAGACCUGUGUCCUACUCUGUAAACCAGCAGCAUCCUGGUCAGAUACUGGUCCAGGCCGAGGUCGUCCCUUUGGCUCUGGAACUGUCCACCACCACGCUGCUGCUCCGCCCGACCCCCACCCUACUCGCCCAAUCUGGAUAUAGAAGUUCAGUCACCCUUCGAAACCGGUGUAACCAUGCCGCAGAGUUCGCAUGGAGACCAGUAGUCACAGAGAGCGGCAUCCUGUUCUCUGUUCGACCAGCUACAGGUAUAGUGGAGCCAUACAGGGAAUUGGAGUGUGAAGUGGUGUGGCAUCCCUCCUUCUCUUCCCCUGCAGAAGGAGACUUUGACUUCUGUGUCCACGAGGACGACACACAACGCCUGCACUGUGUUGCCAAGGUUGGGUCCACCAAUGUCCAGCUGGCAGACAAACAGGUGAUAUUUGGAUCAGUACCUCUCAACAUGCCUUCUGUCAGAAGCGCAGUCUUGCACAACACUGGAGAGAACCAUGCCUACUACCAGGUGCUGGACGUGUGCCCUCUGCCAGGCAUGGUGGUGAGUCCAUCUGAGGGCGUGGUGCCAAGUGGAGGGCAGGCUGUGCUCAGGAUCCACUUCAGCCCUGACUCUAUCAUCAAGUUUGACACCAGAGUGAAGGUAGCAGUGAGGGACAUGAAGACUAUUGAGCUCAGAGUGGGCGGAUCAGUGGAGCCUCCAAAUGUAGAAGUCAGUGUGUCCCAUUUCCAGUUCUGCGGGGUGCAUGCUGGUUCUUGGCGGGCGAUACCGUUCGCUCUGACAAACCACUCGUCAGCCGCAGCCCGGGUCACCUUCGACCUGUCACAAUAUGCAGACUUCUCUCUACAGCUUCCUCAGCCCUCAGCAGAGAAGGAGCCAGGUGUGUGUGUGAUGGAGGUGCAAGGCUCCCAGACUGUGGACUGCUCUCUUAUCUUCUCACCCACCCAGGCAGCCAGUUACGACUUUGACCUGCCGCUGAUGUUCAACGAUGUGAGAUGGCCCGCCGCAUCGCCUUCUCCUCUCCCCUCUCCAUCCCCCUCAUCCACCUCCUCCACAUUGUCAGCUGUCACCUGGAAGGACAUGGCGAAACCACUUUCCCACUCCAUUGCCAUGGCGACACAACAGUCACAUCGCGUACAGGCCACAGUGCUGUGUGCCCCACUGGAAAUGUCCCCCUCUAGUCUACAGUUCCAUGUGGAACCUUUGGCACCAUGGUCUGAUGCUUAUACUAAGACCGUGGAACUGAAAGCAGUGUGUGAAAAGAGUGUGUGUUGGCGUGGUGUCACCAGGGAGCGCUUACACUGGUGGUUUAACUGCAGUUCAAUAGCAGCACCAACAGAGGACAGAGGAGAGGGGGCACUAUGUGCGGUGACUCCAUCUUCUGGUAGUCUGGGGCCCAGCCAGUCCAUCUGCGUAGCGGUCAGCAUCAGGCCUGAAGCUAUCAAAACGGUGUCUGGCGGAUUAAUCAGACUGUCCCUCCCUCUUUACCUGGGAGAGGAGGGUGGGGAGGGGAUGGCAGAGGAGGUGGAACAUCAUCCCUACCGAGAGCUGUCCAUCACCAUCACUCUGCAGCUUCCCAGCAUCACCAUCCACCCUCCUCUAAUUCUUCUUACCCCAGUACCCCUGGAAAGCAGUGCAAUGGCCACACUCACCCUGGCAGCUGUAGGAUAUCCAAGUGGAACCAGUGUAUCAGCUGAAGUGGAUGAGGUGGAACUGGAGGAUGGGACAAAGAUACAACCAGUUUCUCUCAUCUUUCCUGAUGGUGAUUCCAUCCCUGCCCAAAACCAGGACCAGAGACAUCCAGUCGACAUCCACAGGCAGGAGGACAAUGUGACCUCUCUGAUCUGCACCGUGUCCUUCUAUUCUGCCGCUCCUCUGUCCCUCCGUACAACUAUCACAUUCACUGACCACUUCCACAACAGGUUCAAGGUUAAGUUGUGUGCUGUUGCUGACAACUGUCUGCUGACAGUCUGGCCCUACAUGGCUCUGCACCUCUCUGAGCAACAGAUAGUUCUCAAGACUGGAGCCACAGCUGUGGAGGCGAUUCUUCAACACUAUCACACACCAAGUCCUGCAUCCGGCCCAGUGUCGUCAUCAUCAUCCUCAUUCGAUCACAACAGCUCAACAAACAGGAACUCAGUGUCAGGCAGUGGCAGUGUGAGCGGUGAGACCAGCAGGGAUGAAGACGCCUCUCCAGACGGACGAACCCUGACCAACCUCGGCAUCCCAGAAUUCCCUGCUGCCAACUCAAACGAAGGACUAUAUCACCAGAAUGUAUUAUUGGCUGUGGAGAGGUGGUUUAGUCUGUUUGGCUGGCCCGGCGGACCGAAUCCCAUCUCUGUCCCACACACACUUAGAAGAGUUGUGUCAAAAAUUCUAAUGAAUCACUCCAGUGGACGGGCUUACCGCGUCAUUCAAAAUAAAGACCACAGGUCUGUAGUGGACAUGCUUCAUCACCUGACUGGCACACAGAUUCCUGGUAUUCCUCGCUGUCAGACAUUUUCCAGUGAUAAAGACCAGCGCACUAAUCAGCUGCUGCAACAGCAUGACGCGAUGCUUGCUUUUCUCAGGGUGCAGGGAGCCUGUCUGCACCACAUCAGACCAGAGUACUUACUUGACGUGCAGGAGUUCAAACACUGGUGCUCCCAACAGUCAAAUGUGGAAGAACACGGUCGGGACUACAGCAGUGUUGACUAUGAGUCUCUGAGCAAACGAUCCUGGACUGACGUUCUGCUGCAAAUUUACAAGGUGUUGGUCUUGGUCCGUGUAUCAGUGAGUGGUCUGAACACGAGUCCGAUCCAGGAAGAAGUAGAUGAAGUCCUUCCCGUCAACUCACAGCCGCUGGUCAGCAAUGUGUACUCUGCCUGCGAGCUCCAGCUGCUCUCCUGGCUCAACAAGCACUACGAGAGCAUGAGGAAAACUGUCUGGGGUACAGGUGGCGUCCCAUCAGCUCGCUGGAUAGUGAAUUUUGACCUGGACUUGACAGAUGGACUCGUGCUCGCUGCUCUGCUUGCUGCCUACUGUCCUUACCUGAUCUGCAGCCACUUCCGGAGGAUGUACACUGCAGCUAGCAGCCUGGAGCAGAUCCUCCACAACAACAUCAUCAUGGUCCAGUCCUUAACUGCACUUUCUCUCAACAUAGAUAUACAGCCCACAGACUUGUCGGAUCCUAAUCCAGUGCAGAUGUUAAUGCUGUGUGUCCACCUGUAUGAGAGGCUGCCUCAGUACCUGCCAGUAGAAACCAUCACUCUAUCAGGAGGCCUGCACAGCUCCAUCAGCAAGCUGGUGCGACUGAAAAGCCCAUCCUCUAAGCCGGUCAAAUACCAGGCCUUACUUUUAGGAGAGGAUGCUCAUCUCUUCUCCCUCCCUGAUGGAUCUACUGUCACCAUUCCUCCAAAGGCGAGCACUGAGCUGACCGUGCAGUAUAGCUGCUCCUUCCUGCAGCCGAUGGAGGCAGUCCUUCUGCUCAUCUCCAGCUCUCCUGUUGGUCUGCGUGGCGUCACCACUCUUACCUUCAAUCUAAAGACCCAUGUCAGUCACAUCACACCCACAAACACUGUGAAGUGCAGGUCUCCAUGCUACCAGCAGAAGCUGAUCCAACUGCCAAUAACUAAUCCUUUCAAUAAGGAAGCUCAGUUCAGGGUGGUGCUGGUGGAGUCUACGUUCAACCCACUGGAGCCUGAAAAGAAAAAAGACAGCCUUGUUGAGCAGGCCUCCUCCAAAGCCAAAAUGGAGAAGAUGACUUCAGACAAGAGUUGUGGGGAGGACGUGGAAGGGAAGCACUCAGCUCUCAAGGGAGAGUUCCUGAGUGCAGUGAGGAGCGUUUGUCUGAAGCCAGGCCAGGCAGACACUCUGAACAUCCACUACCUGCCCUUCUGCCCAGGCACCAAGUACUGCUCUGUGCUGCUAGUUUGCCCACAGGCAGGAGACAUGGUCUAUAUGGUGAAGGCCACAGCAGAAUUGCCUCGUCCCUCCCCUCUCACAGCCAGGCCCAGCUCUAACAUCAUCUCCGUCCCCAACGACGCUGACCCAGCUACAUGUGUACCUGUACUAAGCCUACGCUGCAAGGUGGAGCAGGUGUGUGAGGAGGUGAUACGUGUGCCGCUCAUCAAUAUGGCCUGGGAGCAAGCUCUGGCCAUGUGGGGUCAACACAGCAUGAGCGCAGAUGAACACAGGAGGCGGAUUCUGACACGUUCUUUGUUUAGCAGCACUGUGAGGGCAACCACAGCCGUACGCAAGCUCUUCAAACAACAGGCCCAGCUGAUGAGAGGUGCUGAGCACAGUGAAGCGGUAACAUACAGUGUGGAGGUUUCUUUGCCACAAUACUUCACUUUACCCAGUACUGUUAAAAUACCCAUCAGAGAGGACACCAAUAUGCCAUGGGAGAAUCCUGCAGAUUGUGGCUGUGUGGACGUUCCUUUACGGUUCCAGGCGAACCGUGUGGGGAAGUUUACAUGUCAGGUGGUCCUGAAGUCUUCAUGUGAUACCAGGGUCUACAUGCUGGAGGCGCUGGUUACCUCACAGGGAGGAUCUGUUCACUUUGACUUCAGUUCACCUUCUCACUCUUCAGUCACGCAGGACAUACCAGUGCACAAUGAGACCCACAAUGACUGGAUCAUGCAGGCUGAAGUGUGUGGUGAAGGAUUCUGCGGUCCGAAGUUUUUGAAUGUACCAGCUGGGACAAGAGCGUGCUACCCCCUCUCCUUUCACCCUGCGGCACAAUGCGUUGUCAUGGGCACGCUGUCAUUACACAAUGACUGCGACGGCACUGAGCAUGUGUUCACCCUCAGAGGAGUGGGAGAGCGCCCCCUGCCUGUGGACCAUGUGGUAUUACACUGUCCUGUUGGGAAGACCAUGCACACUCAGCUGGAUGUCCCCAACUACAGCCAGAAAAAACUCACUCUCAAGGUGAUUACAGAUCUGUCUGUUGUGAGUGGCACCCCCUCCCUUGAGAUUGACCCUGGUCACAACGCUCCAUACACCCUGGCUGUAUCACCAUGGAAAACAGAAAAACUUAAAGGUUUUGUGUCAUUUGUAGAAAUUGAAGACAUUCAGGAGACAGACAAAGACAAAGGCAGCAGAUGAGCAGAGGACCUACGAGGUGAGAGGGAAAACAUCCACCGGUGGCCGCUCUUCAGUCGGUGCACAUCAGCGGAACUUCGUGUCCCACAACCUUCGUCUUCCCUCCCUUGCGAACUCGUCCCCUCUCAAAGUCC